GCGAGCGGUAGGUGGCGCUGUCCUCCAUGUUGGGCGACAUCAGCCAGACAAUUCCAGCGAAGCAUUUUCGGGGGAACUCCUUGCUUGUAAUGAUUAGAAAAACCCUGCCUUUUUUUGUAAGGUAUGAAUCGUUUUAAUGCAGAUCUAGUUAAUGCGCUCAGAGGGAUUGUCAGCGAUGGAAAUUGGCAGUGUAUAGGGGAGAAAAGCCUGUUCGAGUCGCCAUGUACGAAGCUGUACGCAGAGGACAGAGAGCACGUCGUACUCGUGCGCACCGAAGACGGCCGCUUCUGGGCGAUGGAUUCAUCCUGUCCACAUGAAGGAGGCCCGCUUGACCUGGGUGAUAUUGAGGAUUUGGGGAAUGGGAAGAUGGCAUUAGUAUGUCCAUGGCAUCACUUUGACUUCUGUUUAGAAACGGGCAUCUCUUCUACUGGCUUACAGAACCAAGUCUAUGAGGUCCAAGUGGUACAAGACAAGGUUUACAUAAACACUCAAAAUGCCCUGUCACUUUUUCCAAUCCCAGAAACCAACACCGUUCCCUUGGGCAGGUUGUCACCACAAGAAGCCAAAUCCAGCGCAUCUGAGAACUCCCUUUGCUCCUGGGCAGCAAAAAUCCUCUGCACAGCAGACCCAAAAGAAAAGGUUGCAUUGACACAAGAAGUGCAGGACAAAUGGAAUUCUGGGAAGAUCACAGAAGUGGGUGAGAUGGAACCCCCUGUGCAUCCUUGCAGGAAGGAAAGCCUGACAGUGUUGCAGCCAGGGAAGAUCAAGCGAGGCAAAGGGGGAACGCUGGCCAGCAGGAUUGCUCUGCUGCACUCCUUGGCAAACAUCGAGCAGUGGGCCAUCGACCUAUCCUGGGACAUUAUCGCCAGGUUCUCCUCUGCAAGACUAAGCACAGGGGAAUCAUUGCCUCAUGAGUUUUUCAAUGACUUUGUCAAAGUAGCUGGAGAUGAGGCCAAGCACUACAGUCUGUUAGAGCAACGAAUUACAGAGCUAGGAAGCUUUUUUGGUGCAUUACCUGUACACAAUGGACUGUGGCAGUCUGCAACAGACACGUCCCAUAGCCUGUUGGCCAGACUGGCUAUAGUGCACAUGGUCCAUGAGGCCAGGGGCUUGGAUGUGCAUCCGCAGACGCUGAGCCGUUUCACUGCCCAGGGUGACAGCAAGUCUGUCCAGGUGUUGGAGGUCAUCUACAGUGACGAAAUUACUCACGUGGCUGCUGGACUCAAAUGGUUCACGUACAUCUGCUCAAAGGAGAAACGAGACUGCUUGACAACUUUCCAUGAGCUGGUUAAGAAGCAUUUCAAGGGAUAUUUGAAGCCUCCGUUUAAUACGGAAGGAAGGAAAACGGCAGGGAUGACAGAAGAGUGGUAUGUACCUCUUGUCAAACCUUCAAAUUGAUUGAGGAUCUCUCCAUCAAGCUGCUCCAGGGUCCUGUGUUCUGAGGCAUAACGUACCUUUACCUUAAUUAUCCUUUAAAGCU